GGAAGAGACAAAUCCACCGACCGCAGCGGGGCCCGCGCAUCCGCACCUUUGACUCAGCCAUGUGGGGUCUCCUGCUCGCCUUGGCCACCUUUGCGCCCGCCGUCGAUCUAGGUCUGGGGACGCCCGGCACCUCCGUGCCGGACCUCGCGCCGCCCGCUACCACCAAGGCCCCGGUCUCGACCCUGGCCCCGAGUAGCAGCCCGGCACAGCCGCCCUCGGGGAAGGAUAAUGGGACCUCAGAACAGAGCGCCCGGAUUCGCUUCAUCAAGAAAAAGGUCAUUAUAAAGAAACGGAGGAAGCUAACUAGACCCAGACCGUUGGUGACUACCAGGCCUCCAGCUAUCACCACCCCUGCGGGAGCCCUUGACCUCCCGGAGGAGAAGCAACCAGGCUGUCCGCCUCUGGGCUUGGAGUCCCUGCGAGUUUCAGAUAGCCAGCUCGAGGCCUCCAGCAGCCAGUCCUUUGGUCUGGGACCACACCGGGGACGGCUCAACAUCCAGUCAGGCCUGGAGGAUGGUGAUCUCUAUGACGGGGCCUGGUGUGCAGAGCCCCAGGAUGCUGAGCCAUGGCUUCAGGUGGAUGCCAAGCACCCCACCCGCUUCUCGGGCAUUAUCACACAGGGCAGGAACUCUGUCUGGAGGUACGACUGGGUCACAUCCUACAAGGUCCAGUUCAGCAAUGACAGUCGGACGUGGUGGGGGAGCAAGAACCGUAGCAGUGGGAUGGAUGCGGUAUUUCCUGCCAAUUCAGACCCCGAGACGCCAGUGCUGAACCUCCUGCCUGAGCCCCAGGUGGCCCGCUUCGUUCGCCUGCUGCCCCAGACCUGGCUCCAGGGAGGCGAUUCCUGCCUCCGGGCAGAGAUCCUGGCCUGCCCCGUCUCAGAUCCUAAUGACCUGUUCCCUAAGGCGCCUGCACUGGCAUCCUCUGACCCUUUGGACUUCCGGCAUCACAAUUACAAGGCCAUGAGGAAGCUGAUGAAGCAGGUGAACGAGCAGUGCCCCAACAUCACCCGCAUCUACAGCAUUGGGAAGAGCUACCAGGGCCUGAAGCUGUAUGUGAUGGAGAUGUCGGACCACCCUGGCCAGCAUGAGCUGGGAGAGCCUGAGGUGCGCUAUGUGGCCGGCAUGCAUGGCAACGAGGCCCUGGGGCGGGAGUUGGUCCUGUUCCUGAUGCAGUACCUGUGCCGUGAGUUCCUGCGAGGGGACCCGCGGGUGACCCGGCUGCUCACCGAGACACGCAUUCACCUGCUGCCCUCCAUGAACCCUGACGGUUAUGAGACCGCCUUUCACCGGGGCUCCGAGCUGGUUGGCUGGGCAGAGGGCCGCUGGAACCAGCAGGGCAUUGACCUCAACCAUAAUUUCGCCGACCUCAACACACCACUCUGGGAAGCAGAGGAUGAUGGGCUAGUGCCCGACACGGUCCCCAACCAUCACCUGCCACUGCCCACUUACUACACCCUGCCCAACGCCACUGUGGCUCCUGAAACACGGGCAGUGAUCGACUGGAUGCAGAGGAUACCCUUUGUGCUGAGCGCCAACCUCCACGGGGGUGAGCUCGUGGUGUCCUACCCGUUCGACAUGACUCGGACCCCUUGGGCUGCCCGUGAACUCACGCCCACCCCGGAUGACUCUGUAUUCCGCUGGCUCAGCACCGUCUAUGCUGGCACUAACCGGGCCAUGCAGGACUCAGACCGCCGACCCUGCCACAGCCAAGACUUCUCCUCCCACGGCAACAUCAUCAACGGUGCCGACUGGCACACGGUCCCCGGGAGUAUGAACGACUUCAGCUACCUGCACACCAACUGCUUUGAGGUCACCGUGGAGCUGUCCUGUGACAAGUUCCCGCACGAGAGCGAGCUGGCCCAGGAGUGGGAGAACAACAAGGAUUCCCUCCUCACCUACCUGGAACAGGUGCGAAUGGGCAUCGCAGGAGUUGUGCGGGACAAGGACACAGAGCUUGGGAUUGCCGAUGCUAUCAUUUCUGUGGACGGGAUUAACCACGAUGUAACGACAGCAUGGGGCGGGGAUUACUGGCGCCUGCUGACCCCAGGGGACUAUGUGGUGACCGCCAGUGCUGAGGGCUAUCACUCAGUGACGAGGAGCUGCCGGGUCACCUUUGAAGAGGGCCCAGUGCCCUGCAAUUUCCACCUCACCAAGACUCCCAAACAAAGACUUCGCGAACUGCUUGCCUCUGGGGCCAAGGUGCCCCCAGACCUUCGGAGGCGGCUGGAGCGCCUGAGGGGACAGAAGAAUUGACACCUCCAGGUGACACAGGCCUGGAGCCUUGGGCAGGCUGGACCUGUCGAGAACUGAAAGCGGGAGGGACAGAGCUGGGGAAGAGGUGCUGAGGCUCAUUAAAGCUCCUUGGUACCUUA